UUCAAACUUUGCCUCGAAGUCGAAGCAUCUGGAAAAGAAAGAAUUGUUUGGUUCAUCUCUGAGCAUGAAAAAGAAUCGGCGAAGUGAGUCGAUGACUAGCUCCAUUGCGAAAAGUUCAGCCACUUCCAUGAAAUCAUUGAUGGAAACAGAACCCCCUCAGAACUUGUUUCCCUCGAUGAACGAGUUCCCGAAACUCUUCGUCGUGCUUGCAGUCGCAUCGCUAGUUGCUUGGACCUGCAACCACCUCUUAACCCCUGUUGUUAAUCCCCACACGAAACCCUUCUGUGACACCAACGUCGACUCUCCCGAUUACUUUUCCGAUAUUUGUGAACCUUGUCCAAGUAAUGGAGAAUGCUAUGGUGGCAAGUUGGAAUGUCUUCAGGGUUACCAGAAGCAUGGAAAAUUAUGUGUAGAAGAUGGAGAUAUUAAUGAAUCUGCCCGAAAGAUUGUAGAGAGAGUUGAAUAUCACCUCUGUGAAGAAUAUGCUCAAUUUAUGUGCUAUGGAACUGGAUCAAUUUGGGUUCAUGAGGAUGAUUUGUGGAAUUAUUUUGAGCAAAUGGGAAAUAUCAAAGUGGACAAUGCACUUUAUAAUUAUACAAAACAAAGGGCAGUUGAGACAAUGGGUAAAUUAUUAGAGAUGAGGUUAAACUCUCAUGGGAUGAAGGAGUUUAAGUGUCCAGAUUUACUGGCAGAGCAUUACAAGCCAUACGCCUGCCGCAUUCAUCAGUGGAUCUCACAGCAUAUUCUAGUUGUUUUGCUCAUUUGUGCCAUGCUUGUUGGGUGCACAACUUUGUUCUGGAAGGUCCGUCGGAAACAACACAUGUCAAGACGAGUUGAGGAGCUUUACAACCAGGUCUGUGAAAUACUUGAAGAAAAUGCAUUGACAUCAAAGAGUGUAAAUAGUGAAUGUGAACCUUGGGUUGUCGCUUCUAGGUUACGUGAUCACCUGCUUUUGCCAAGAGAGCGGAAGGACCCUUUAUUAUGGAAAAAGGUAGAAGAAUUGGUUCAAGAAGAUUCUCGAGUAGAUUGCUAUCCAAAGUUGGUGAAGGGUGAAUCAAAAGUGGUAUGGGAAUGGCAAGUUGAAGGCUCUCUGAGCGCUUCAAAGAUGAAGAUCAAAAGAGAUGCAAGCAAAACAAGGGUCAAUGAAAGCAUGGACCGGAAUAAUCAACAACGCCCCUCAAUGAAAGCAGAGCCUAUGAAACCAAUUUUUUGAUACGAAGGCUUCUUUGAAUAGGGACUACAGUCCCGCAUGUGUAAAUUUUGACGGCCUAAACUCAUGUCUCAGCUGAAGCGUAGUCCUACCUUAUUUGUUCAAAGAAGCUGAGAAAGAUAUCUUGUUUAUGUUUACAGCAGCAAGGGGCGGCAUUGGUGAAAGUGUGACCUGCAUUCAAUUAACCAUUUGUUCACCAGAAAAAGUGUAGAUUCAUAGGACUUGCAAGGUUUGUAUUAUGGGAUGUUCUCAUAGCUCAGGGAGAAGAAUCAAGUCCUUGAAACUCCGUACCUCCGUGGGUCUCCUAUUGACGGUUAACAAACUAGUCAUGUGGUGCUAACUAAAUUCAAUUUAGCAUUUUUCUUCUGAAACACAAAAUCCAGUAUAAAACAAAGAAUGAUAUGAUAUCAUAUGCAGAGAAAAGUGGAGUUCAGAUAAGGCAUAUGGAUGUGAGUACGAAUGUAGGUGAAUUUGUGCCGGUAAUAUUUGCGGAAUUGGCAUAUUAUAAU